AUGAUCUCUUAUAUCGUUGUUAUUGGAAUCAUUCUUCUUUUGCUUGGGCGAAGGAAAAUCUGCAAUAAUAUCGAAAAUAAACAUGAUCAUGCCAUCAUUAUAGGUGGAAGUAUUGCCGGAAUGACGAGUGCAGCUUAUUUGAGCAAAUAUUUUCGACGCAUUACGAUUAUAGAGAGUGAUGAUGUUUUAAAUGAGAUUUUGAUUAACUGUACUCCUGGACAAUUAUUAGAUUAUCGAUGUAAUUUAAGAAAUUCGAAUUCUUUAGGUCGAUCAGGUGUAACUGAAAAUUUUCAAAUUCAUGUUCUCCAAGGUGAAGGAAGAAAGAUCCUAUUUGAAUUAUUUCCUAAUUUAGAAAACAAAUUAAUCAAUGAGUAUGGUGCAUAUCUUGCUUCAUCAAAACGUCAUUUUCGUGUUCUGAUUGGUGAUGUUUUAUUAAAUCGAAAUUUAACCGAAGAUCUUUCAUGGUUUUGUAUUGAUCGUUUUACUGUAGAAACGGUUUUACGAAGAGAAUUUCUUUUACAAUUUCACCCCACACAAAUUCAAUGGAUUACAAAUACAAAAGUGAAAGAUUUAAUUGUCAGUCCAUCGAAUCAUGGUUCACGGACAACUCGUCGCGGACUAUUCGUCGCACGAACAAUUUGUCGCAAGGACAAUUCGUCGUACGGACAAUUCGUCGCACAUAAAAUUUCGACUGCUCGCUGCUUCUUAAACACGAAACCGUGGGGUUUCUUCGAUAUAAGCAGCGAUGACCCAUCCGUUGUUCAACUGCAAACUCGUCUUUCAUUCAAGACGACUGAUAAUCGGAUUGUUGUACUAGCCGGCAUUCAUGAAUAUCUCCGAUACCUUCGCGAGUCGUUCAGCGCGUUAGUCAACAAAACAGAGAGCAAGCGAAAGAAUUCGAACCAUUCGACUACAAAUGAUCUCGUUCAUCAAGUUCCUUCGUCGUCAUUUCAAACCGCGGCUUUCUCAAACUCUUCGGCAUCGGUAAAUCCAUCCAACGACGAGCAACAAACCAACCUCAAACAACAAAUUGCAUUGUGGUGGGAGAAAAACCGAGAUCAAUACGAUCUCGGAAAUGCGGCACUGACUGAACUCGAAGACUAUCAGAUCACGAUCAGCGAUCAAAUGGCGGUUAUACAAUGUUGCUGUAACAAGAGAAUCAGUCUUCCGAAGCUGAGGGGACGGAAAACUUAUCAACUGAGCAACUUCUACAAGCAUUUGACCCGAAAAGGUCGAUGCAAUGCUAUCUAA